CCUCUGGUGGUCGAGAAGGGCACUUCUUGUUGGGAUGUGGGUGCAGUGGGACAGUUGCGGAAUUUUGACUUUCGGAAUCCUUAACAUUGCUUCCGGAUUGGGCACGUCUCAUUACCCAGAUCUAAAUGGUCGCGCAGAUUUAGCAUGGGCGCUGUUGGGAGUCCUCGUAUAUAAUGGCAAUCCAUUGAUCGUAUUUUCUGCUUUUUUUUUUCCUUCUUCUGUCUUAUCGUUGUUCGAUUACUUUAUUUUCCAGUUUAUCAUGUCAUCUAUCUAUACUUCGCGAUUUACCGAACGAUUCGAUAUUGAUUCCUCGCAAUUGUUACCACCACUGCCGCUUUCACCUACAAAAUCCUGUGUAUCAUCGCCUGGGAACUCCCCAGUCUCGUCCCCUCGCCAUUACGACUUUAACUCCAUUCGCAGUGAUUCCUAUGAUUCAUUCUCAAAACCUCCCUCGCUUAUUCAAGGGUCAGGAAACCAUUCUGUAACUUCCUUGGAAGCUUCCGCGGUGGCUCGCGAAGAUUCGAUGUCUUCCUCUUCUUCUGAUCAAGAGUCGUCAUCCCAACGAUUGGCAGGAAAACUCAAGCGGUUCCUGCAUACAAUCUCUAACAAGAAGCAACACAAGUCCUACUAUCAUUAAUCUGUUCCGGAAUCUUUACAUUAUUCUCCUGCAUUAUUCCCUACUAUUAUAUUAUCUAUUCAAAAAUCUUGUACUAUAGCAUUUAUAUUUUACUUGCCCCUCCUUUUUUUGUAUAUACCCUUUCGCCAUUUCAGGAUUAAAAAAUCAGAAACCCAAUUUUUUGAUCACCUCCCAAAACCUCUCUCUCGCUGAAAUCUGAGUUUCUUAAUUUGGAUAGACUUCGUUUCAUCGGGGUUGCCCAUUUUCAGUCUAGGCGCCGCUAACGUUUUUCGUCCAAAAAAUUCUUUAUUUGUUAACUCGCUCAGACGGAUUCACAUACAAAGCGACCAAAAAAAAGUUCAUGUUGCCGAUCAUCGGCUAGUUUGAUGGCGAUCUAUUUAUAAACCUUAAAAAAAUGAGUCACCAUGGCACUUAAGUUUUCUGUAUAGUGAAA